AUGUUACCGCUGAAGGAUCUGUAUUUUAGAGACAUAGUGUAUGUUUCCUCGGACCAGCUAUCGUCUGGUCGUUGUCGUCGGGUGGAAUGGCCUACCAGCUCGUUAUCCCUUUGCGAACUUCUCAGUAAGCCGAUAGAUCUUUCUAAGCAGUCGUUUCCAAAGGCUGUAACAGACUUCAUUCUUUCGGAAAUGCAACUUUGCAAUACCCAAAUGGGAUGCCCUGCCGAUAUGGCAGUUUUCGAUGAGAUGUAUACUCCGACUCCAGACUGGAGAGCUUUGAUCCGGAAUUUAUACUGGCGAGCGCGUCGUCAGUCAACAAUCUGGGACGUAUAUCUGAUGCUAGCCAAGGAAGGGUUUGUGAGUGCGAGUGCGCUCACUCUCCCAAUAAAUUUUUGGUCUCCUUCUGCUUCCGCCGGUCAUGUCUGGACAAUUCUAGCCUACUUUUCGUUUGUCGGAAGUGAUAAAAUCUCAAUCGCCAACGACAAAAUCCCCCUACAGACAACAUCAUGGGAGAGCGAUCUCACAUGGUAA